CCGAGAGCCCUGUGAACAGGCAACACCGCAUACCCGCCUCCCGCAGUACACAGCCAACCACAGCUGAGCACCAGCCAACAAGCAAGACGAAGAGCCAAUCACAAGGCCCCUUUGAAAACUCCAGGAUGAAGAUGACUUCAGCGCUAGCUUGCCUCACCCUGGGCCUGGUUCUGGUCUUUGGGAAAGGGUCUGCUUUACAUCUCCCAGAGUCCCACACAGCCCAUCAGGCCACUGACUUCGGAGUAAAAGUGUUUAAGCAUGUGGUCCAGGCCUCCAAGGACCGGAACGUGGUUUUCUCUCCCUAUGGGGUGUCCUCGGUGCUGGCCAUGCUGCAGCUGACCACAGCAGGGAAAACACAGCAGCAGAUUCAAGAUGCUAUGGGAUUCAAAAUCAACGAGAAGACGACCGCUCCUGCCCUCCGUCGGCUGUCCAAGGAGCUCACGGGGCCAUGGAACAAGAAUGAGAUUAGCACUGCCAAUGCCAUCUUCGUCCAGCGGGACCUGGAGCUGGUCCAGGGCUUCAUGCCCCACUUCUUCAAGCUCUUUCGGACCACGGUGAAGCAGGUGGACUUCUCGGAGGUGGAGAGAGCCAGAUUCAUCAUCAAUGACUGGGUGGAGAGGCACACCAAAGGUAUGAUCAGUGACUUACUUGCCAAAGGGGAUGUGGACCAGCUGACACGCCUCAUUCUGGUGAAUGCCCUCUACUUCAAUGGCCAGUGGAAGACUCCCUUCUCGGAGUCCAGCACCCACCACCGCCUCUUCCACAAGUCUGAUGGCAGCACUGUCUCUGUGCCCAUGAUGGCUCAGACCAACAAGUUCAACUACACUGAAUUCACUACUCCUGAUGGCCACUACUAUGACAUCCUGGAACUGCCCUAUGAUGGGGAAACCCUCAGCAUGUUCAUCGCAGCGCCCAUCGAAAAGGAAGUACCUCUCUCUGCCCUCACCAACAUUUUGGAUGCUGGACUCAUCCGACAAUGGAAAGGGAACAUGACCAGACUUCUCCGACUCCUCGUCCUGCCCAAGUUCUCUCUGGAAACUGAAGUGGACCUCAGAAGGCCCCUGGAAAAUCUGGGCAUGACUGACAUGUUUAGCCCAGCCGAGGCCGACUUCACAAGUCUUUCUGACCAAGAGCAGCUCUCUGUAGCUCAGGCCCUGCAAAAAGUCAAGAUCGAGGUGAACGAGAGUGGUACAGUGGCGUCUUCCUCCACAGCCAUUCUAGUCUCGGCCCGCAUGGCCCCUCAGGAGGUGGUUAUGGACCGACCCUUCCUCUUUGUAGUUCGGCACAAUCCAACAGAGACAAUCCUGUUCAUGGGCCAAUUGAUGGAGCCUUGACAGGGAAGAGAGACCUUGACUCUGGACAAAACUGGACCUGUUAUAAGCAGAAACUCUGAGGAAAAGACUUACUUCAAGUACUCUUUCUGGAGGAGAAGGCAUUUCCCUUCACUCCCACAGUGGUAAAUCUUCCAACCAGCCUCCUAGACCUCAGAUUCUCGAAGGGAAAAGAGUCUAACUCCCUCAUCAGAGUUAGACUCCCCUGUUCCACCAAGAUCUCUAAUCCAGACUGUAGAACUCACAGAGCCUUCAUCUGCUCAUCUUUCUAAUAAUCGGCCUUUGGACAUGGGCCCCACCAGCAGGGUGGGGCCACAAGGCUUUUACUCAGCAUCCUUGGGCAAAAAUUCAGCUGUGUCCAGUCACACUGGGGCCACCUCCUGCACCAUCUGCUGUUGCUGGGGUGGGUGGCCACAGGCUAAAGGAAGAAACACUGGUACACUGUGGAAAUGAUGACCUUGCCCAGCUCCCAGGGGCAGCAGAUGGACAGAUCAGUGUUUGCCCAGUACUGAGCCUUCUCCCAGCUCCUUUUGUACCCUCCCCUGGCACCGCAUGCACAGGUUAUUUCAGAGUGUAGGUGACUUGUUUACAUAGCUUUUUUCCACCCACAAACUUUUUUCUUUUGGGAACAGUGAAAGAAAGGUCAGA